CGAUCAUUCAUUCAUAUCAGCUGUUUAUACGUGUUUAUUGUUUUGUAUUAAUUUUCGAUUAUUAUCAAAAUAUUGGAGGUUUCGUUCAUUUUAUCAAUGAAAUAAAUAAUAGUUAAUAACAGACCAUAGGUAAACUUAAAACAGAAAUACCUUUGAAAUAAAAUGCCAAAACAAAAGAUUAAAAUUAGUGAUCAUGAGAGUGACCAAGAUGAUAUACUCAAACCUUGUCUUCAAAUUGGAUCUGAAGUGAAACUGAAGGAUGUUCCCACUACUGGAGAAGAAUACUUACUGAAAGUAAUGAAGGAACGUCAGAACUACGAUGCCGUAACUAUAUGUAAGAAGGAUUUUUCGAAGUAUAAUAAGAAUCAAGACCGUUUUAUUUACGAGAUACCACGUGCUAGUGUAUGCGAUAAACUGAAACCUACAUUAGAAUGGCAGAAUAUUCAAGUAGCAGAUUUCUCAGAAGUAAGAAUGAACGUGUCACGACUUCGCGCGCAAAAAUCUGAAUGGGCUUAUAAAAUAAAAAAACUAAUAAAGGAACCUAGUAAUGUGGCUGAGUGGAAGCAAUUCUUUGCCAAUUCGGAACCCACCAUGUCAUGUGUUCUUGGAUUACGGAAUGCUCUUGUUGAUAAUGGAUUAGAAAUGCUUAUUGAAAUACUUAAAGAAGUUAAACCUGGACACUCAAUAGAGUAUAGAACAGGUCAAUGGAUAUAUGCACUAUUGGCAUGUGUGAUUCAACCUCUCCUUUCUGAGACAACUUGUAUAUUGAGAGACCUUUCAAGGAAGUGUGCUGAAAUUAGAUCUAACAUUAAUCCCGAUGAUGAAAAUGCACCAGAGGCAGUAGCUCCAAUGAACAUAUUUAUCUGCUUAGUGGGACGGUAUUUUAGGCAGUAUGACUUAGCAGAUUAGUACAAUUUCUUCCACAUAGACUAUACACACAGCAAUAUUUUAUAUCUUAGGAUAGGUAUUGCACCAUUUUCUGUGCAUGAUGUGCUAACAUUAAUUUAUAAAUAAUCUAAAUUUUUUAUUUAAUAUAAAAUCCAUAAAACUUGCAAAAAAAGGAAAAAAUAUUAAUUUGAAAUUGUUAGUUAUGUAUAAGAAAUUAUGUGUUCAGCAGUUUCAUCAGCCAGUGUUUCAUGUUAAUCACUAUACGUACCUACACAAAAUAUGCCAAGAAUGUAACUAUUACUUUUAAUAGUUACUUAAAUCAAAUUAAAUAUCCUUUAUUGCACACUAACAAAUUAUACAAACAUUACAAAUAAUUGUUACCUGCUUGUAGUUUAUAAUCCGUAGAUACAGGUCUUUCUACUUAAAAAAUAAACAGUCGUUGAACAAAUGACAAUUGCAAUUGUACAUAAAAUAAACUGCAAUUCUAAUUACUUA